CUGCCCAUGAUCCUGCCCUUAGCUAGGCUUCAGAGGAGUUAGCUGCCUUUUUUGUCGAAGCAAUCUCUCUUAUCUUCAACAAAAAGACGCCACUUGGUCCUAAAAUAGCAGCAUGUUUGGGAAAUUGGAAAUAAACUCUUGUGGAUUUGGUGUAACUUUGACCCGUGCGGCUGGACGGAUCUAAGCGGCUCAUGUGUUUUUGUUUCUGGGGGAGAUCUGGACAAAGCAGAUGUUUUGGAACGUUUCGUUUGCACAUCUCUGGCGUUUUUUACAUCUGGCUAUGAACUGAAUUGUUGAUCUACCCGGGUGUAAAGCGAGGAAGAGGAGCGGGCUUGGGUUUAUCUGUGUUGGAGGAGUAAGUUUGGAUCCCAGUGAUGGCAAACGAGCCGAUUAUACUCAACGUCUAUGAUAUGUACUGGAUCAAUGAGUUCACCACCUCUCUGGGCAUCGGGGUUUUUCACUCAGGGGUUGAGAUCUACGGAAGAGAGUUUGCUUAUGGCGGACACCCGUACCCUUUCUCAGGAAUUUUCGAGAUCACACCAGGAGACGCAAUGGAGCUCGGUGAUACUUUCAAAUUUAAAGAGGCCAUCCUCCUCGGCAGCACGGACUUCACAGAGGAGGAUGUGGAGCGGAUCGUGGAGGAAAUGGGGAAGGAUUUCAAAGGAAACGCCUACCACCUCAUGCACAAGAACUGCAACCACUUUUCCUCCGCGCUGUCUGAGAUCUUGUGCGGCAGAGAGAUCCCUCGCUGGGUCAAUCGUCUGGCCUACUUCAGCUCAUGCGUGCCGUUUCUCCAGAGCUGCCUGCCCAAAGAGUGGCUGACCCCCGCGGCCCUCCAGUCCAGCGUGAGCCAAGAGCUGCACGCGGGAGGCCACCUGGAGGAAGGAGAAGACGCCGCCGCCACCGCCUCGCUGGCCUCCAUGUCGCCUUGCACGCCGACCAGACCCAGCCCUUCGACACUGCCCCGUCACCCCCGACACCCUCAGCCGCGUCGAUAGGGGGGUGCUCUGCGGGGGAUUGACUGAGUUUUGUCAGGUAGUAUAAGCAGUCGCAAGAAUCAGUGGCUGCAGAUCUGAUGUCAUUGCUGUAGUUUAAGAAAUUAAUCUGCUCUAAGAAUGUCAGCUGGAAGGAGCAGCACAAACGGUUGAAAAAAAUGCUGGAUUUUUAUCGUUCCUCGCUGAUAAUGACACAAGAAUAUUUUUUGUAGGAACUUGCCAACACUGGUGCAAAGGUCUUUACAUUUCGUAGAUGGCACAGUGCAACAGGUCAAAAACUUUCCCGGAGAAUCACAGUAGUAACAACAGUUUCUUUCAUUUACUUUUUAUAUUAAAGUACUUCAAACUUAUGUAAAAAAAACAAAUACUAUGUUCACUGUAUAUGCAAGUUUAGUGAAAUUAAAAACAUACUAUACUAUUUACUUUAUAAAGAACCUCAAAAGGCCUUACAUUUCGAGAUGCAGAUGCUCUCAAGAGUUCAUAUUGUAGUUGUAGUUUCAUGCCGAUUGUCGAUAUUACGUAGGAAAUAAGAGGGUAGCUUUGCUCAUAGACUGUAUAUAUAAGUGGGCAUAGCUAACGUGCUAGCCGCCGCGUUGCAAAUAGGAAGUGAUCGUGGACUGCACUUCCGGCUCCAUCGAAAAAUUGUCUGUAGCUGCUGUCAUUUUGGUCUUAAUUGUUCGUGUUAACCCGCUCUACAUGAUCCUGGUGUUUUUAUUUUAUUAAGCGAUUGUGUCUGUAAAUCAGGAUAUGAACAUUAAUAACAGACAAAUCAGGCGCCUUCUUUCCCCGAGGUCUUUCCCGGUAUGCUUAGCAACAGUUUUGAUUGACAGCGUUGCUAAGGCAAUGCGAGUUUAUUCGUACAGCACAAUUUGUAGACAAGGUAAUUCAAAGUGCUUUACAAAAUAAGAAAGACAUUAAAAUCACACAAAUCAAAACAUAAAUAAGCGUCGGUUCCCUGCUAAACCAGUGGCGUGGGCGGGAAGAGGCGUUACAUUCAACAGCCUCGCUCCGGAUUGGCUCUUCGGUUGCUAUGAUACUCGCGGUCGGAAUUUCGAAUACAAAAUGGCCGCUGUAACUGCCCUAGCCUCGAUGAGCUUCGUUUGACUGGAGCCGAACGCUACGGGUGACGUCCACUUCUUUAAACAGUCUGUGGUUGCAGCAAAUCUUUUUCUACAUCACCUCAAAUUGUAAAUCUGUUUCUUGCUGUACAGGCCUAUUUACAAAGGUCAUGUUUUUUUACAUUCCAACUAAAAUAGAUAAUAGUUAAUAGUCUCGUGACCUUGUAUGAUGCUGCCUUUUCACCAUGGUGGGUCUCAUGUGGAUGCUCUAGACACGAGCCAUGUGAUUUUUACAACAGCUGGACAACUGACAAGUGUUUUGUAUCUAUGUGGUAUUACUAACGUUAUUGCCUAAAGGCCUUUUGUGUAAGUGAGAUUCAACUCAGGAUGUAAACGGGCUUUUUAAUAUAAUUAUUUUAUCCUGUUGCUUAAUUUUCCCUCUUUUUUGUAAGAUAAUAAUCACUCUGAAGCCCAGUUUUAUACUCUGUGAUAUGAAGAUGAGAUUUUGUUUAUGGCUAUUGUGGAUGCAAAUGUGUUUCUCUGUUUCCUGUGUGUGUGUGUGUGUGUGUGAAUGCAGAUAAGCCAAGUUAGACGGCGUUUCCCAGCACAAACACAAACUCAAAGAUGACUGAGAGUUUACUGUUACUUUAACCAUUCUGGGUUCAACACUUUGGUUCCUCAUUUUGGUUUCAUUUUUUUUCCUUGAAGCCGUUUGCUGACCCGUGUAUGUAUCAGAAAACUGCCCUCUGUUAUUGUAUUAUACCGUGCAAUACUCAAUGUUGGCAGUUGGCACCUCCUACUGGUCAUGUCGGACUAAAUAAACACAGAGAAAGAAAUAUUUUGCAGUUUUUAUCAAGACCAACCACCUGCCUUUUAAAGAGGGGGUAUUACUGUUUUCAAUAUGGACUUUUUGUAGCUUUUCUGCCAUGUUUUAACGUUGUUCCUUCAUUAAAAACAUGCCUGAAGUGGUUUUAAAUGUCAUCCAUGCAUGUUUGAGUAGUUAAGCGAUCUCUCCUGCAACGUAUCCGAACCUUCUUUACGGUUCUCUGUGAAAUGGGUUCAAGGCUUCACCCACAAUCCUCCAUCACCCAUGCUCCCACGUGACAAUUCUCCAUAAAUAUACAAAAACAUGAUCGAAAACAAUGCAGUACAGCUUCACAAACCUGAUGCGAUGUGCGGUAGUUUCAUUAACGAGACGCACGGUGAUUGUAACGUGAAGGGGGAGUGGCUUUUGGUUUCUGAACGACAAAAACGAAACAUGUUAAUACCUCGUUUUUGGCAAAUAUAGCAUUUUCAAAACAAUAAAAGGAAACAUGUUGAUCUAAAUAUGUUAUGUUUGCAAUUAAUACCCCAUUAAAGUAAAAUACCCCCUCUUUAAUUUAUCCCAGUUCAUGCAUUUUUUACUUUUCCUAUGCCAAAGGUAUUGUUACAUAUUUGUUUGUUUGUAUUUGUAUGUGUUUAGCAAAAAUGUAUGUUUUUUUUGUUGUAUUUGUUCAAGUCAUGUGUUGUUAAUGUAAAGUUUUUUUAUGUUGUUCACUUUGUAAUCUUUUGCACACCUUUCCGAGCUCUGAGCAAAAGUAAACCAUGACUUAACUUCACCGAGCCUUCACUGGAGCUGCGCAGAUUUUUACCCAGUUAAAAUGUUAUUAAAAUUACACUUAUAUUG